CGAGACUUCAGGAGAUUGACACCUGUUGGAAUGGAAUAGCUAACGUUACAAGACGUUACAUGGAUAUGUUCAAGAAAACCACGGUUCCGCUAUAUGCCAGAAAUGCAUAUAAUCCUAUGAAUUUCCAACACUUUAAUUAAAUACGGCACUCUAAUUAUAUACGGCCAUUAUGCAAAGACCCCGGCCUCGGAAAUCAGAACACUUGUAUUGGUUUGAUAUCAAAGAGCCCAAAAGACGAUCAGUCCACUAAGUCACGGGGGUGUCGAAAACCCCAACAAGGAGAGAAAUGCCAUUUCCUUAAACCUUUUCAACAAGUAUAAAGUCUGCCCAUUUCAUUUAAUCUCUGUCAUAGCCACCCCAAGACUGCCAUAAUUAUGACUGCCAAAAAAGAUGUUUUGAAACCCUCUUUGAUCUAGGCGUAGACAUCAACUAUUGCGUCUCCCCUUAAACAAGACGAUGUUAAGUCUGUCAGAAAACCAUCUUCAAUAAACAUAAGUCGCACGAACGUGUCGAUCCUUGCGAAAAACGACACGUACUAGACACGGGGAAGAAUCCCUAUUUGGAAGAUAUAACGAAGCAUCGGUUGUUGUAGCGUCAUUCGUUAUUUUCAGACUAGACUUGUGUGUCUGGAAAAAGUAUAUUUAAGAGGCGAGCAUUCGGUGAAAUUUGCAGUUCCGUCUGGCACUAGAUCUAGAGUAUCUCUUGUCAGGUCUGGGAGGCAGAAAAAUGAUAGCUGCGGUGCUCUUCGUUGUCUUGGUGCUCCAUUCCCCCAACUUCAGUGUCGGUGUUGUGGGCUUCGUUAUACCACAAUAUUUCUUCAGGAAUGCCGGGAAAGAUGUGUCGCCUAUAGUUCCAACUACGGAUGAAGCUGAAGAUUCAGAGCCGCCUCUCAACCGCUUCUGUGCCACGCUGUCGUCUGCAGAAAACGGGCGGGAAAACGAAGAGGAUACACAGGACAUGAACGCGUUCAUGUUGUCUUUCUUCUGUCAGCAGCAGGCAAGCGGAUCUGAUGGGCAGCUGCUAGCGGUCCCGUGCAACGCCUCCAGGACUCAGCAAACCGACGUGCGCAUCCGCGGUGCGCGCCUCCUGUACAGCUGCAGGUUCCACUUCCUGAUGCAGGAGAAUGCCGUCAUCCAGCGGGGCGAGCUCAUCCUGAAGUUCCCAACAGGAGACAGGAGCAUCCCGCCAUGGCUCUUCCUGGUGCCACUGAUGAACGGCCAGAUGAUCCAUGCUGCGUUUAAAAGAAGCAUAGCAGAAGGCGAGGUGUAUGACGCCACGGAGGCCCUCCGACAAUGGUCCAAACAACCCCUCACGCGGAGGGCAUUCGAUAUCUGGCAACCUUGCGUCACGGAUGGCUGGGUCUUAACCGGAUAUGUUGUAAAUGACGACGCCGGCGCUGCACAGCAGGCCACUGAUGGAGAGGUACCGAACAGCCCGCUGCGUCAGGAGGCAGACGAUAGCAUCCUGUCCAAGUUGUGGAACAUGACGCUCUCCAACAGCUCUGGUCCCGUGGUCGCCGAGAACGUCCUCAUGGCCACGUACCUUGUAGACAGACUCGACACCACCAAGCAGCUGGAAAAUUCCACCUUCCUCGUCAUUCCAUGCAUGAAUCCAGACUUGACAAUGGCUCCCUACGAGAGCAGCCUCGUGGCACCAGAAGACGCUUGCAGGAUGUCCGACUUCCCCUGCCCGGCUCCCACUCCGGACAGCCCGCGGACUGACCACGUGGGGGAGUACCUGAUAGAGCAGAUGAUGAAAGGAGGGAACCAAACUCCCCGGAUGUGGGGCAUCGCCUGCAGCUCCAUGACAGUUCACCUCGACGGCGUGGCCUGCAACAUCAGUAUGGAUGGGUCCCCCGUGCGCCCCGAGAGGGUCGAACUGCACCUGAACUUCACGCUGUCUCGUUCGGACAACAGUUCGUCCUCCAGAAUGUCCUUGGAGGUGGACAUCUUCCGCUGUGACGACAUUACCGUGACGAAAGUGGAGGUGCUGAGAGAGCCGGGCGCUUACGUGCUGCCUGUCACUCAUCCCAUCACGACCAACGGAGAGAGCGAUGAGGACUGUGUGAAGGGCUUCUUCUUCCGUCCUAUCUGUUUUGAUCCAGCUGCCAUGAUCGCUUGUGAUGAGGAUACGGUCCAUUUCGAUAAACUCCCGUUUGUUAUUGUCUUCCCCAAUGAUAAUUCUGGCUGAAUUUGUAUCAACUCACCACUUUGUUCGUGGAUGACAAUGUACUUACAACUUUGACACAGAUUUUCAGCGCCACUGAGCUAGAUGGAAAGUCUACGAGUAGAAUAGUUUGAGUAGUGUGACAUAAAAUGUCAUAAAAACAACAAAGUCACGUUGUAUUACUAACUAUCAACCAGACUACCAAUGCAAGUCAUGUAUCGAUUUGACUAACACUCAAUUUACAUAAACUCGGUCUUCAUCUCCAUUUGUAUAGAAAACGUAUAAUUAGGUCUUUAUGUACAGCUGUAGUCAUAUGAAUUUGGGACGUCGGGGCUUAACAUUUGCUCAUUCGUAACAAUUGUGGAACUUAGUAUCAACCUCCUUGGUUAGUGCAGGCCAGAACUGAAGAUGUAUUACUAGCAAACAACACGACAGAUAG